AUGCGUGACGGGCGUGCUUCUUUUUUCCUCUAUCUGCUCGAGGCCCAUUUACAGGACCUCUGUAAUCAGUACCGCGCUGGCGCAUACCUGGUGGACUGGCUGGAUCGCAAUGGGCCCGCCCACAGCCCGGCCGACAGCAACACCGCCCCGGGAGACAAAGUCAUUGUGAUGGCCAAACUGGAGGAAGAACCCGCCGAUUGGGUGGAAGAACAACUACCUGACUGGCAACGAGCCAUCUACGUCGUCAACCCUACCCAAGAGACACGAACCGACGCCAAAGUCCUCACAACUCCAACAAACAAAGGCCAUGAGUCCAUGGCCUACCUCACCUACGUGAUCGACCACUACCACGACCUUCCCUCAACAAUCGUCUUCCUCCACGCCCACCGCUCCGGCUUCCUAAUGGCUUGGCACGUCGACGCCCCCCUCCACGACAACGUCGCCGCAAUGCGCAUGCUCCAACUCGAUUUUGUCCAACAAAACGGCUACGUCAACCUCCGCUGCAACUGGAACCCCGGCUGCAAGGAAGCCCACCGUUAUAACACCCACGUCACCGACCAAGUCUGGUUCGACAUCUUCGACGGAACAAGCACUCCAGCCCUCAACACUUCCUCGCCCUACCAAACGGAGUCCAGUACCCAACGCUACCUGCGCAAACCAGACCAAAUCGGCGCUGCAUGCUGUGCCCAGUUCGCGCUUAGUCGCGCCCAGGUGCAUCUCCGUCCACGAGACGAUUACAUCAAGUUCAGACAAUGGAUUAUCGACACAGAACUGAGCGACGCCUCGUCUGGACGAGUCAUGGAGUUCUUGUGGCAUGUGAUUUUCGGCAUGAACGCUGUCUACUGUCCGGAUGAGGAACUGUGCUACUGCCAGGUUUACGGCCAGUGCUAA